AUGACAACGUUACUCGACCUGCCCACAGAGCUGGUCUACAAGAUCCUUUCCGGGCUAACGGAACCCAAUCCGGGACCUUACCGAUUUCGCUUCGAAGAUGCCAAGCCAUCCUUCAACACCGAGCGCGUCAAUCAGAGUUUAUCGACAAUGGCUAAAGUCUGUCGCACGUCGCGCACACUUCGCGAUCUCGUUGAGCCACUGCUCUAUGAGUUCGUAUACAUUCCCGACGCAACCGCGAAGCCACUUCUGUCGCUUCUGAGAUGCUGGAAAUCUCGGCCUCACUGUGCUGGAUACACAAGACGAUUUACGGCAGAGACGAAGUGGGCUGCUGGAGGAACACCUCCUCAAGUCAUUGACGAGAAAGAUGUCUCAUUUGUCUCUGAGAUAGCGGAGCAGCUCAAAGUCUACUUGCGCGAGACUUGGCACGAGUAUACCUGGAACACAGACAUUCUCAUCGAGCUCGCAAUGUUCCAGGCGCACCGCAUCCAGAGUAUUGAGCUGGAAUUUUGCCAGCGCAGGGGAAUCUACCGCCCAGCGCAGGGUUGA